CUCCUGUAUCGACCGACUUGCUCUCCGCAAGUGUACCGUUGAGUCUAACGGAACACCCCAUCGACCCUCGGAUUGCGAUGGGGGAAAGGACGGCAAGCCGUGUCGGCAACACGUCCGCGGAGCCUACGAGCAGUAUCAGUCCGAACUGGAGGCGCUAGGCUGUAUCUGCCGUAUGUCGCUCGCUCUUGGUCAGGAUUCUUGCUGUAUGCCGCCGCGACGAUCUUCUUUGGAGAGUGAUCAGACUAACUCUCGUGCUUCAAUCACGUUUUGUGCAUCUGCCAGCUUCCACUGUGCGCCUAAGGCGGACGCAUGUGGAUCUACUGCAAAGCCGCGCUCCAGAUCUAGUAAGGGAUGCCCUACGGUCAACGCUACCUCCUGUGCCGAUGCUUGCUGUGGUACCACAAAACCUUCAAUGACCACUAAUCUCACGGGAUCCGCCGACGCCUGUUGUGAUGACAAGAAAUCUUUCCCUGCAGUGUGCGGCACUGCCUGCUGCAGCGAAAAAGAGGUAGUGACCCAAAAAAGAGAAAUCAGACCCGACCCAACGCUGAAUGUCGACCUAGAAAUUGGCUUUUCUGGAAUGGAGCGUGUGAUCCUCAGCAUCUCAGGCAUGACUUGCACUGGAUGCGAGACCAAAUUAUCCCGUACAUUGGCAACACUUCCCGCAAUCACAAACUUGAAGACUAGCCUGGUUCUUUCGCGGGCGGAGUUCGACCUCGAUACCGGCACUACCUCUGUUGUCGAUGCAAUUAAGCAUCUUGAGAGGACGACCGAGUUUAAGUGCGAGCGCGUCACUAAUCAAGGCUCCAGCCUCGAUCUCGUUUGUUGUGGUGAUCCAGCCGAUGUUGUUAAAGGCGAUUGGCCAGGCGGUGUCAUUGAUGUGAAGAUGGUGGACAAGAAGACCAUUCGUGUCAACUUUGACGCGAAGACCAUCGGCUCACGAGAUCUCGUCGAAAAAGGCUGGCCCUACCGUCUGCAACUCGCUCCGCCUCGCACCGAUCCCACCCUAGACGCCAGUGCUAGACAUGUCCGCAAGGUCGGAUAUAUGACCUUAUUAUCCAUUAUCCUGACCAUUCCCGUUCUGGUACUGGCGUGGGCUCCACUUCCAAACAAAGAAAAGUGGAAGAUCCUGUUCAGUUCCAUUUCCCUUGCUCUCGCUACCAUCAUCCAAGUUGUGGUUGCUGGGCCUUUCUAUCCGAAAGCGCUGAAGGCAUUGAUCUUCUCAAGAGUAAUUGAGAUGGAUUUGCUUAUCGUUUUGAGUACGAGCGCGGCAUACAUCUUCUCAGUCGUGGCGUUCGGCUAUCUUGUUGCGCACAAGCCACUGUCCAGCCGCGAAUUCUUUGAAACUAGCACAUUGCUAGUUACGCUCAUCAUGAUUGGUCGCUAUGUUGCUGCGUUGGCACGGCAGAAGGCUGUCGAAUCCAUUUCAAUCCGCUCGUUGCAAACCUCGACCGCUAUCAUCAUGGACAAGGAUGGUUUUGAGAAGGAAAUGGAUGCCAGACUACUUCAGUAUGGCGAUGUUUUUAAAGUAUCUCCAGACUAUAGAAUUCCGACUGAUGGAACCGUCAUCUCUGGCUCUUCUGAGAUUGAUGAGUCUAUGCUGACUGGAGAAUCAAGGCCUAUCGAAAAGUUCAAGGGUUCAUCUGUCGUUGCUGGAUCUAUCAAUGGAUCAGGAGUACUAACCGUUCGGCUCACCCGAAUUCCUGGUGACAACACCAUCAGUACGAUUGCCGGAAUGGUCGACGAAGCAAAGCUAUCGAAGCCGAAAAUCCAGGAGAUUGCUGACAAAGUGGCAGCCUACUUUGUUCCUGUUGUUGUCUCCAUAACAGUCGUUGUAUUCUGCACCUGGUUCGCUAUUGGCAUCACCAUUCAGGACAAAUCCGGAUCUGAGACUGUUAUUCAAGCCAUCACAUAUGCUAUCACGGUACUGAUCGUGUCUUGCCCUUGCGCUAUUGGUCUUGCUGUUCCCAUGGUAAUUGUCGUUGCAACUGGUGUUGCCGCUGAGAGAGGCGUUAUUUUCAAAUCUGCCAAUGCUAUCGAAGUCGCGUACAAGACCGCUCAUGUUGUUUUCGACAAAACCGGGACGCUAACUCAGGGCAAGCUUACUGUCACUCAAGAAGAGUACCCCAGCACUUCUCCCAGUACAAAAGCUCUGCUAUUGGGUCUGAUCGGGGACAACAAACAUCCGGUUUCCAUUGCAGUUGCAAGUCACCUUAAAACAAAAGGUGUCAUAGCCACAACAGUAUCCGACCCUCAGAACAUAGUCGGCAAAGGUAUCGAAGGUGCUUUUGCAGGUCGCACUCUCCGUGCAGGUAAUUCUCGAUGGCUCGGCUUUUCGGACGACCCAAUUGUUCAUUCCAUAACAUCCCAGGGCUAUACUGCCUUUUGCUUUGCAGUGGACGGCUCUCUCGCUGCCGUGUUCGGCCUUGAAGAUUCUCUGCGUGAGGAUACUCUCUCUACCAUCACCGAGCUGCAGCAACACCAGAUAACGGUUCAUGUCCUCUCCGGUGAUGAUGAUGGUGCUGUCCGAGCGGUCGCAUCUCAACUGCAGAUUCCUGAUUCCAAUGUGCGAUCCCGCUGCACUCCGACAGAUAAGCAAUCUUACAUCAAGGACCUCCUCGCCACAUCCGACCCACGAGGAUCGAAAAAGAAAGCGAGAAGACCCGUUGUCAUGUUCUGUGGCGAUGGAACCAACGACGCUGUCGCUCUUGCCCAGGCCACCAUCGGCGUACAUAUGAACGAAGGCACCGACGUCGCUAAAUCUGCCGCAGAUAUUGUUCUCAUGCGACCGAGUCUGUCCGGCAUUCUCAUCGCCAUAACUGUCAGCCGAAAAUCAAUCCAUCGGAUCGCUUUCAACUUUGGCUGGAGUUUUGUGUACAAUAUGUUUGCUAUCCUGCUUGCUUCCGGUGCCUUUGUGCAUGUCCAUAUUCCGCCAGAGUAUGCAGGGCUGGGUGAGCUGGUUAGCGUUUGCCCAGUGAUUGCGGCAGGCGUUCUGUUGAAGUGGGCAAGUAUUUAG